GAUAGGCCUCGUCGACGAUAGCAGCGAUUGCCAAACAGCAGAAGCAGAAGAAGAGCAGCAGCAGAGUCCGUGCAGAUAGAGACAGAAGAGAAGACAAGAAGUUGUUUAUAUUUAGUGUGAAAGAGAGAGUGUUUGUGUUUAAUCAGAACUACGAGCAACACCGCCGAAUCCACUCAGCAGCCCAUCGCAACAGUUGCUCCAAUCUCCAAAAUGUCCGCCAUUCCCGCCCCAACUCCUACCGAAACCGAUCCUCUUCUUCCGCCUGACUCACAGCAGCAGCAGCAGCAAGGCCCCGGCACGUUCAGCACGCGGAGCUCAUACUCACUACCCGCAUUCUCGAUGGGCUCGUCCUCGUCCACCGUCCCGUCCGACCGCCGGAGUAUCAACUCGAUCGACUCGCAAGAGUCCAAGGCGCAUCUCGGCAUGAUCCGCCGCAACCUGGUGUCCUCGCGGUCGUCGAUUCUCGCGCAGGUCGGCAUCAUCGGCAUGUUCUUCUACGUCGUCUGGCGUAUCAUGACCAGCGACAUCAUCUUCUUCACCGGCCAUCCUGCGCUCAACAACUUUGCCAUCCUCAUGCUCGUGCAGUCCAUCAUCCUCGUCCAGCCGACCGCGACCACGGCCGAGAAGCAGCUCGGCGCAAUGGUCCACGGCUUGUUCAACCUCUUUGGAGCGAUCUGCUACGUCAUGGCCUUUGGCAUCGUCUUCAUCAACAAGACCAGUAACGGCGGCGCGCACAUCCACUCCGCUCACGCGGCCGUCGGGCUGCUCACAUAUGUCAUCCUCUUGGUCAAUGUCAUUAUCGGAUUCACGCAGUACUGGAUGCCUGGAAUCUACGGCAGCGUAACCCGAGCAAAAAGCUUGUACAAAUACCACAGAGUACUAGGCUACAUCGGCCUCUUCUUCUCCUUCCUCGCAACCGGCCUCGCAACAAUCACCCCCUACAACAGAAACGUCCUCGGCAUCCGCUUCCCGAUCAUCCUCGGCUUCAUGAUCGCUACCGCCCUCGGCCUCGCUAUCCGUAUCCGCCCGCACAAGUUCCAGGGUCUCAGGUUUAAGCUCCGUCGGAAUUGAUGAUACUGCUCCGCAAUAGACCGUUUUCUUUCUUUUUCUACUUUCCUAUCCUUGGUUUGUUUUAUAUAAAGGCUGCAUUAUGAAUCUUCUUCCUCUUCUCCCUCCUCUUCCUCUCCCUCCUCCUCUCUACUUUCCUCGGUGUUGUUUUAUCUAGUAUCCCAUGCCAUCUUUGGUUCUCUUUCCCUUUGGUUUUCUUUCUCUUACGCUUGUCCUUCUCUUUGCUUCUGCUGUUUGUUUGUGCUGUUUAUUCUAGGGGCUGGUAAUUCUUAUGUAUCUACGUUGCUUUCAUUUUGGAUAGUUCUUGGUUGUUUUUUUUGGAUGAUAAUAAAGCU